GUCAACCAAAGAAAAAAACCAAUCUCGUUGCCGGCGAUGGGCUGCAUUUGCUUCAAGCCUUUUCGCCGCUCGCCUUCUCCGUCGAUUAAAUCCUCAAUCAUCAAACAAAUAAAUAGCAACGAAGAUGAGGACGGAAGCUCAUGUCCGAGUUUCCGAGAAUUCAGUUUGGAACAGCUGAAGGUAGCCACCAACGGAUUCUCAGCCGACAACAUCGUGUCGGAACACAACGAGAAGGUUCCUAACAUCGUCUACAAAGGGAGCCUCAACGACGGUCGAAUGAUUGCUGUUAAGCGAUUUCAGAGGCUUUCAUGGCCUAAUCCUUCCGAAUUCAUCGAAGAAGCACAAGCAGUGGGGAGGUGUAGGAGUGAGGGUAUGGCUAAUUUGAUCGGUUGUUGCUCAGAGGGUCAUGAGAGGCUUCUCGUUGCUGAGUACAUGCCUAAUGGAACACUAGCAAAGCAUCUCUUCCACUGGGAGAAACGACCAAUGAAAUGGGAAAUGAGGUUGAGAGUUGCGUUACAUACUGCCACAGCUUUGGAGUACUGUAAUGAUAGGGGAAUAGAUUUGUACCAUGACCUUAACACCUACAGAAUAUUGUUUGAUAAGGUUGGGAAUCCAAGGCUUUCUUGUUUUGGUCUCAUGAAGUGUAGCAGAGAGGGGAAGAGUUACAGCACCAAUUUAGCAUUUGCUCCUCCUGAAUAUUUACGUCUAGGUACUGUGGUACCAGAGAGUGUCAUAUUCAGCUUUGGUACCUUAUUACUGGAUCUUAUGAGUGGCAGACAUAUUCCACCAAACCAUGCACUUGAUCUGUUCCGCGGCAAAAACUACUUGGUGCUAAUGGAUUCAGCUCUGGAUGGUCAGUUCUCUGAUGAGGAUAGAACAGAACUAAUUCACCUAGCUUCCCGCUGUCUGCGUCCUGAACCAGACAAGAGGCCAAACAUAAAGUUUCUUUUGUCGGCUCUUUCAAGACUUGAGAAACGAGCUGAGUCGUGGCCAAAUGUCAAAGGAGAAAACAUCCCUGCUCCACUGUACACGAAACCUUCAACAAAGAAGUCAUUGCGCUUGAGCCCUUUUGCAGAAGCAUGCUGGAGAGUGGACCUAUGUAGCAUACAUGAACUUCUAGAGAAACUCGGAUAUGGAGAGGAUGAUGUUGCAGUCACAAAUGAGUUCUCAUUCCAAAUGUGGACGGGUCGAAUGCAAGAGAAUACAGAUUACAAGAAGCAUGGAGAUGCUGCAUUUCGUGCUAAGGAUUAUGAAACCGCAAUUGAAUUCUACACAGAGUUCAUGAGCGGAGCACCAGUGGUAUCACCAACAGUACUAACCAGACGGUGUCUAUGUUACCUAAUGAACGAUAUGUUCAGCGAGGCUCUAAGCGAUGCGAUGCAAGCUCAGGUUGCAUCUCCAGAGUGUUCAACCGCUCUCUACUUACAAGCUGCGUGUCUCUUAAAGCUUGAGAUGGAAGCUGAAGCUAAAGAAGCACUUAGACAUGGUUCAUCUCUUGAAGCUUUUUAGAGUUCCCAACAACUACAACAAAAUUAAGAUUUGUACAGCUUCUUUCUCUCCAUACGUAUAUAUAUAUAUAUAUACGUAUU